AUGUCAGAACAGAAAUUCUUCUACUCUUCGGCUUACCUCCUCGCAGCACCAAUUGCUGCUCUGAUUAUCGGGAUCACCUUGGAUCGAGCGUACGCCUCAAAGUUUGCCUCUCCAAAGUUUCGCUGGGGGAACAAUGCCGUGACUUUGUUAGCGUUGGCAUUCAUCGUGAUCAUUCUCCGAGAAAAUUACGCCAGCCUAGUGCCACAGAGUGACGACUUGCCAAAUACAGGAAUUUUGGAACGCCCUUCCGCCGCCCAGGUGUCCACUCCGGCUACCGUGGGCUGCGUGCAAUUUCUAGUUCAAGUAUAUUACAUCCAACAUUUUCUCAAAGCAGCUGGAAAAAAGCUCUGGAAUGUUGCCUGCCUUUUCAUCUGUGCAAUAAACUUCUUGACUUCAUGGGGCUGCACCAUAAGUAUAUUAAUCAAGCUGAGCAAGCCAGCUGAAGUCGUCGAUCUCUCCGAAACCGGACUGCCAACUUUCCAACUCGCAAGACACGUUUUAGCAGCUUGGCUAGCGACUUCCUUGUUGGCCGAAUUGGUCAUCGUUGCCGGGAAUCUUUACUCAGGGCGCAGUGCACAAAACAUAGAUCAAGACAAACCAUUCUGUUUUUUGAAAAAUGAUCACAUCUUGACAAAGAUUGGCGUUGUUGCACUGCAGACCUCGGCCUUGAGUGCUUUGAUCAUCUUAACAGCGUCCUCAAUCUUCCUUGCCGAUGUACUCUCUGGGGGGCAGCCUAGUCCGGGAAUGACUGGAUGUUUUGUAUUCCUUCAACUGAUGAGGAUCCCCGUGGGGUAUUCAAGUCUUGUAUUCUCUAUAGUGAGAGAAAGGGGCUUAUCAAUGAACGCUAUCCGAAAUUCAUUGAUUGCAACUCCCAAUGGGACCUUGAAGGACUUCUCGCUAGAGGGAUACAAGAAGAGCGAUCCAUCCAACCAAGUCACGGUCCAUACCGUUACAAGUCAAGUAUUCGAAAACUGA